AUGGAGGCAGUGCAAAAGUCACUCGAGCAGCUCGCCAAGCGUGCGCCCGGCUUGCACUCCAACUCGGUAUCCGCCAAAGCAGCCGCCACGCAACCCUCGGUGCACGACUCGAUCGACAAGCUCAUCGCCCAAGUCGAGGCUGCCAAAGCUACCAUCGCCAGCUCAGCGGCAUCUUCGUCAUCGCCUCCGAACCCGGCGGUGCUCCUCGCAGAGCUCAAAGCCUUGGUCGAAACGGCGCAGAAAUCCAUCCUCGACCGCCAGAAAGAGUUUCAUGCGGCACUCUCCAAAUCCACAAAGGCGCUCGACAAAAAGUUCCCCAUCCCCAUCGAUGGCGUCGCCGAUCCUUCGCUGUUUUCGUCAACAGAAGCUCAAAAUGCGCUCGAGCGUGUCAUAUUUAACCAUCUGCAGAGGAAUGGAGACUGGUCGACAAGCUACAAGUUUGCAGCAGAGGCCAAGCUGCCCCUGUCCCCGCAGACCGAGGCUCUGUACGUGCAAUUGCACAAUGUCGCGGCUGCCAUGUCUCGAGGCGACUUGCGUCCGGCCAUCAGCUGGGCAGAGCAAGAGAGAGCGUGGCUGCAGACCAGGAAGAGUGGGCUCGAGUUCGCGCUGCACAGGAGCCAGUUCAUCCGCAUCGCCGCCGGUGCCAUCUUACCGGGCAGCGACGAAGCGAUCGCCAACCGGGAUCCGGAUGGGGAGAACGUCGAGAUGAUGAGCGCUUCGAUCGAUCAGCUCAAUGCAGGCUCCACGUCAGCCAACGCAGCGUCGUUUCACGGCGACGCCCGCACGGUCACGCCGGAUCUCGCACUGGCGUCGCUGGCCAACACCAACGUCGAGCGAGCCCUUGCGUACGGUCGCGAACAUUUCAAGCCUUUCCGUAGCACCCACCUGACAGAGAUCCAACGUCUCUUCACGUUGCUCGCUUAUCUUCCCGCAUUCAUCCCAGCACCGGCGUACGGACCAGAAGGCUUUGACUCUGUGCCCGUCGAGCACCUCAUCCCCACAGUACCGCUGGUGUAUCGUCCGCUUCUAGAUGCCAAUCUGGUGCAUGCACCGCUGCUGGAGCCCAUGUUCCGACUCGAAUUUUGCGCACGAAAUAAGAUCGCCAAGGAUGCGCCGCUCUCGAUCGGCGUCGAAGUGGGUGCUGGCGGCGCGCUCAACAAGAUCAUCAAGGUCAAGGCGGUGAUGAAGGAGAGAGGCAACGAAUGGAGUCAGGCGGAUGAGUUGCCCAUCGAGAUUCCGCUGCCACAAAGGCUGCGCUUCCACUCGAUCUUUGCGUGCCCUGUGUCAAAGGAACAGGGUACAGAGCAGAAUCCACCCAUGAUGUUGGCGUGCGGUCACGUACUCUGCUUGGAGACGUUGACCAAACUGGCCAAGGGCAAUGGGCGGUUCAAGUGUCCUUAUUGUCCGACGGAGAGCUACCUGAACCAGGCGAUUCGGGUCUACUUUUGA